AUGGCUCAAGUCAUCGAUUCACCGCGUUUUAGGAUCGAUUCCGACAGCGAUGAAGAGAUCGACAUCGAGCUUGGAGCUCGGCAAGACCCGACGUCUGAAGCACCAGCUGAACAAAAUUUGGAGCAUGAUACUGCGUCGCUUCUAGGGCCAGAGCGACGAAGUAAGCGGGUAAGGACGGCAAUAUUGACCGUCUCCUUCCUCUUCCUUCUGGGUGUGAGCAUCGGGUUGGCUGCGCGCUUUUCACGAGAACAGCCUGCAUCGAUAAACUCAGGGACUGAAGUUCAAAACGGCGACGUGGUUCCCUUCCUUGAUGUCCAGUUUACCGCGGACGAGAGGUCUGUGUUCGUUCUCAGCAAGACGCACUGGAACUCCUCCUUCAUCGUGUACCCGACUGUGGUGAGGCGCGCGGCACCCGUGAAAACUGGACUAGAACGAGGCGGCAUUUUGUUGGAAACCAACGACUUUGCCUUCCAUUUCGAGCUGUCGCCAAGUAGACGGUACCUGCAGCUUGUUCAGGAAUAUCACUACGCAAGUCUUCGCAGAGACAAAGCUGAAGAGCUCCAACAAAUGUUUGACGACAGUCAGUGGCCUGGAUACGUGACCAAAGUCCCCAUUUACGCGGAGACUGACAGCGCUUACUACAUCCCGUCGGACGUCUUCCUCUCGAAUGGAUUCUUCGUGUCAUCCCAGCUUGCUUCGUCCGAUUUCACCGCGCUGGAGAAACCAUCAGAGUCGUUUGAACGGAACACGAUGCUGUUUGUCGAGUACGAGCUUGCUUCAGGAGUUAUUGAGGUUAACUACGCGAUCGGUUUGCUACCUGAUGAGGUCAUGCCUCAGCGAGUGGCCGACGAUCGGAUCGGAUAUUUCGCCAAACGUUUCACGCAGUACAGCAUUCAAGGCCAAGAGCUCAGCGACGGCAACGGCUAUCACUGGUGGGACCCGCAGGUGACAGUCAUCCAUCGCCGGAAACUCGAGCUUGAUGCAACCAGAAACACUACUAAACAUCCAAUCGCGUACUAUAUCGACCCCUCGGUGCCGCCGGAGUGGAGAGAGGCGUUUGCGACGGGAGUGGAGGCGUGGGUCCCUGCAUUUGAACGCAUUGGAUUCCCCAAUGCGAUCCGCGCGGUUCUUCCAGGUGAUGACGACUGGCCAGCCGACUAUAGGCUUGGAGAUUUACGAUUCAACAGCAUUUCCGUGAUGAUAUCGAAGGAGACGUAUGCGUACGGCCCAACCGUUAUUGACCCAAGGUCUGGGGAGAUCCUGCACAGCGAUAUCGUGUUCGAGUACGGAUUUUUCAACGAAGUGAUAUCUGAUUUCGAUAUGAAGUCGCCCACAGACCCACCCCAGUCCCGUAGAGCCUCUACUUCAAGUAUUAACGACGACACGGACACAACAGCUUCAGCCAAGACGUUCACUCACGUCCGCGCUGGUCGAAACCACCAGUGUGGGAUUGCUCGUGAGCAGCAGCAUCAACUUGAUCGCAUCAUGCUACGGUCCUUUGCAGCUGAUGGUGAUGGCUACGUUCCCAAGAAACUCAUCGCUCAGCACUUUGCGGGUAUCGUUAUGCAUGAGGUUGGCCACACUCUCGGGCUACGACACAACUUUGCUGGAUCGACUGCCUAUUCUCGCGAUCAGUUGCGUGAUCCUGAAUUUGUUGCUGAGCACGGACUUUCGACGUCGAUCAUGGACUAUCUACCAGUGAAUAUUUUCUCGGACCUGACGCAGGAUGAAGUGGGCAGGCACCCGUUCUACAUGACCGCGAUCGGAGCUUACGACUACGCUGCCAUUGCCUACGGCUAUUCCAUUACCGAUGACGAGGUUCCAGGAUACAAACACCCGCAUUUGACAGAGCUGGCCGCUGCUGCGCCGUUAUUUCUUACUGACGAGGCGGUGGAGAAUAUGCUGAAUCCUUACGCACAGCGAUUCGACUUGUCCUCCGACCUGGUCGACUACGCUGCGGAUCGCUUGCAGCUAGUGAAGAAUGCUCGGAGUUCUGAUGCGCUGUUGAACAAACUUCCAGAUGAUGCGUCAUCGAUGACGCUGUGGCAACGAGAGCGCAUUCUACUGCGCAUCAUCGAGCAAGCUAUCAGGAUCGUGCGACCCAUGCUCGGCGGGGUGAACGUCACCCACGCGCACCGUGUCAAGGACGAAGGCCCCUACAAUGCCACCUUUGUAUCUAGGGACACCCAACUCGAAGCGCUAGACCUGCUGCUACGUGCUAUCGAAGCUGAAAGUGGGUUGUUCCCAGAGCCGAAGGACUACGGAUUGUUCAUGGAGGUGGUUGGCUUCGACAAAGGGAACUGCAACGAGGCGACGCUCGAUUACGAUUGUCUCGGGCGCGGACUUGUGGACGUCGGUGGCUAUGUCCUCAAUGUCCGAGGGAAAGCGUUAGUGGCGGCGCUAUUUCCUGCUAUGGACCGCAUCGUGCAGCAAGAUGUACUGAGCCCGUUGACGCUGGAAGAGUUACUGGACAUCGUCUUCAAUACACUGAACAACCACCUCACACCGACGAGCGACACGCUAUAUGCCCUGCUGGACGAAAUCCUCCGAAACGCCAUCAGCAACCGCGAUACCGAUGCACGUGUUAAGAAAGCUAUCGAGAAGCAGUGGGGAGUGACUGAGCCUCCUGCAGUGGUCGUCGUGAAGCCCGAUGGGGAAGGUAAAUAG